AUGUCUGCUUCCACGGUGAUCGCAUUGUGCCUCUUGGCUGUACUGACUGUGUAUACCUAUGGUCAGAGUUCCCCCACGGAUUUGGCCCUCCGAUGGGCCCAGGAGGAAGUGAACACCUUUGAACUUAUCGCCCGAGAAAAGCUACCUCCAACAAACGCAGCUCAAAGUGAAGCAAAUGAUUUGGUGGAUUCGUUGAAAAUGGCAGUUUCGCACUGCAAUAUUGCACUUCAAUCCAGUGGAAACUUGACCCAGCACGAGGCCUGUGUUAAGUCUGUGACAACUUUUGCGAAGUCAUCUUUAGGGGAGUUGGCCAGCGAGCAUUGGGCCGUUUAUGGAGCAAGCUCCGGGGCAUCGCGAAUCCAUUUGUUUUGGUAGAUUUUCAAAAUUAAUGAAAUUUAUAAGCCAUUGGUUUUAGGACAAUUUUGUUAAUCAAAUCGAAGUUGUCAUCAGAAUAAUCAGUUUAAACAUUCAAAAUAAACUAAAUGUUAUUAUA